AUGGCGUCUAACGACAACAAAUUCGAAGGCUGGGUUGCGUUAGACAAGAAUGCUGCCGAAGGCCAGAUGGUCUGGCAAACCUACGAGCCCAAAGCUUGGGAAGAGACCGACAUUGAUAUCCAAAUCACGCAUUGCGGAAUUUGCGGUACAGAUAUCCACAAACUUCGAUCAGGAUGGGGCGAGACAGCUUAUCCCGUAGUUGUCGGCCAUGAGUUAGUUGGCAUAACUGUCCGAGUAGGCAAAGAAGCAGCAAAGACAGGCAUCAAAGUCGGCGAUCGAGUUGGAGUCGGAGCACAAAAUGAUUCUUGCCAGUGCCGCAAGCCCCCCCAGAUCCGCGAGGAUCACUCAGACUGCGACGCCUGUGCAACCGGCAAUGAGGUAUACUGCCCGAAUAUGACGUUAACAUAUGGUGCCCAAUAUCUCACCCCUGCUGGUGGAAAGAGUAUGGGGGGCUACGCUCGCUACCACCGUUGCCCGGCUGCCUUUGCUUUCAAGAUCCCUGAUCAGCUAGCUAGUGAGCACGCAGCACCAAUGAUGUGUGCUGGCCUUACCGUGUUCUCGCCACUUGCUCACUUUGGAGCUCGCGGCAAUGACCAGGGUCCUCUUGAGCAGAGGCUUAAGGGCAUGAACGUUGGUGUGAUUGGGAUUGGUGGUGUGGGCCACUUCGCUCUCCUAUUUGCCAAGGCCAUGGGCGCUGACCGUGUCGUGGCACUCUCUCGUCGUGCCGAUAAGCGCAAAGAUGCUCUAGCCCUUGGAGCUGAUGAGUAUAUUGCUACGGCAGAGGACGAGGGGUGGGAGAAGAAGUAUGCUAGCUCGCUGGACUUGAUUCUAUGUGCCGUGUCAAGUUCUAGCAUGCCACUAACCGACUACAUCAACCUGCUGAAGCGUGAUGGCACCUUCUGCCAGCUCGGCCUGCCGGACGAUGGCCUUUUUAGGGUUGGGGCAGGGCCGAUAGCUUCACAACGUCGGAAGUUAACCGGAAGUUUCAUGGGCUCGCCACACGAAAUUCGGGCGAUGCUCCAGCUCGCUGCUGACAAGGGCAUUAAGCCGUGGGUUGAGCAGUGGCCUAUGAGCGAGGCAAACCGCGCCAUUGUUGACAUGGAGAAAGGAAAGGCAAAAUACCGCUACGUAUUGGCUAAUGAUCAUCAGGUAUAG